AUGGGCAAACAAUUAAUCAUUUUUUUCUUUUGCAAAUCUAAUGAAAGUGAUGAAAUAAGCGAAGAAUCUGAAGAUGAAUCUAAUGAUGAUGAUGAUUAUUUCCAACAAGAACUUUAUGUGGAUGAGCAUGAACAUGAAGAUGUAGUGGAAUAUCGAAAAAUCUUUUUAAAGGAAAUGAAAAUAUAA